ACGAGGUGACGAGGUACAUUUUAUCCUUUUAUGCGGGAACUUGACGUGAGCUGAGAAAACGGCGCGAGCGAGAGCUUUGACAUCAAACCUGGAUCGUUUUGUCUGAAGGCAUACGUCGAGCCUCUAGUCUUCUGCAACAAUGGCUGCUUUAGGUGAUAUUCGUGUUAAGGAGCUGAACAAGCGUGCCUCGGGACAAGCUUUUGAGGUCAUCCUUGGGAGUCCUGCUCCAGAUGCCAAGACUGAGUUCCCUCUCUCUCCUGCUCCGAAGAAGGAUCUUUCCUUGGAGGAGAUCAAGAGGAAACUAGCCGCUGCAGAAGAGAGACGCAAGUCUUAUGAAGCGGAGGUUCUGAAACACUUAGCAGAGAAGCGUGAGCAUGAGAAAGAGGUGCUUCAGAAAGCUCUAGAAGAAAACAACAAUUUCAGCAAGAUGGCAGAAGAGAAACUGAACCAGAAGAUGGAAGCCAACAAAGAAAACCGUUCAGCCAUCAUGGCAGCCAUGAAUGAGAAGUUCAAAGAGAAGGACAAGAAGCUGGAAGAGGUUCGAAAAAACAAAGAAAACAAAGAGGUCCACUGUGAAGAAAACUGAAAAAUGUGCUAUUACAGGGGAUGGUUUUUUUUUACAUAUCUAAAGAUUUUUUUAUUUUAUUUUUCUCCACAUAAGAGGAAAAAAAUAAUAUACAGAACAAACAAAUGCAGCAUUUGGUUUGGAUCGAGCAAUGAUUUUACACUUUGACCAACUCAGUAACCAUAUUUCUUCAUCUUUUCACGUGUGUAUUUUUCGCUUUAAGCACACGACUGUUCUUUGUACAAGUUUAGACCGGAUGUUGGAGGGCUUUACAUGUGAAAUGCAAAAUAAGCAAUACCUGUUGACAUCUUUGACUGUUAACUUGUCAACUUAACGGUUGUGCCAAAUAAAAGAAGUACUUAAACU